AGGAAGGGAAGUGAACCAGAGUACAACCAAAUACCACGGUCGCUCCGCGACGUACGCGCGGCCAUGUCGACGACCACCGAGGCGCUCCUCGCCGGCUCGGGCAGCGGCGGCGGCGGCGAGCGCUUGAGCAUCGACGACGCGCUGGCGCUACACGCGGGGGAGUUCGGGCUGUGGCAGCUGUGGCACUUCCUGCUGGUGACGGCGGCGUGGACGCUGGAGGCGAUGCACACCAUGGUGAUGAUCUUCGCGGACCGCGAGCCGGCCAUGUGGUGCCCCGCGGGGGACGGGCGGUGCGGCGACCGCUGCGCCGGCGCCGCGGCCGGGUGGGAGUGGGAGCAGGGGAGCGGCUCGUCGACGGUGGCCGAGUGGGGCCUCGUCUGCGACGAGCGCUACAAGGUCGGCCUCGUCCAGGCCUUGUUCUUCGCCGGCUCCAUGAUCGGUGCUGGAGUUUUUGGGCACCUAUCGGACUCGUUUCUGGGUCGGAAAGGAACCCUACAUGUGGUGUGCUUCCUCAAUGCCAUCUUCGGCCUCCUCACCGCGCUCUCCCCCAAUUAUUGGGUCUACAUGGCCUUGCGCCUCCUCACAGGAUUUAGCGCAGGAAGUGUUUGCCUUUGCGCCUUCGUCCUCGCCACGGAGCCCAUAGGGCCCUCCUAUCGUGGGGUUACCGGCAUGUCUACUUGCUAUUUCUUCUCCGGAGGCAUCGCAGCCCUUGCCGGCAUAGCCGCAAUGUGCCAAUCAUCCUGGCGUCUACUCUAUGCCGUCACCUCCAUGCCCUCCCUUGUUUUCGCCCUCGUUGUCAUGCCGUUCGUAUCUGAGUCCCCGCGUUGGUACCUCGUGCGGCGGCGCACCGACGACGCGAUGCGGGUUCUACGAAACAUUGCAUCUACUAAUGGCAGAAGCAUCCCAGAUGGUGUGACGCUCAAGCUCGAUGAUGAAGACGACAUCAACAAGAAGGUCGAGGAGUCAUCGUCGAUCUUGGACGUGUUCCGAUCACGGGCAACGCGGGGCAGGCUCGUGCUCUCGGUGUUCAUCAGCUUCCUUUGCUCAGCGGUGUACUUCGGGCUUAGCCUCAACGUGGUCAACCUAAAGCUUAACCUUUACAUCAGCGUGGUUGCUAACUGUCUCGCUGAGAUGCCCGGGUUCCUUCUUACUACCGUGCUCCUCCAACGUGUUGGCCGGAAGCCACUCGCCAUUGGCUCGAUGAUUCUCAGCGGCGUUUUCUGCACAUCUGCCGGUCUUAUUGCCGGUGUCGGUGCCUUGAGGGUGGUGAGAAUGGCAUGCGGGAUGGUAGGGAUCUUCGGAAUGGCGGCUACAUACAACCUGUUGAUCGUAUACACGGCAGAGUUGUUCCCAACAACUGUACGUACCGCGGCGAUGGGAUGUACAGCACAGGCGUCACAGAUGGGUGCCAUACUCGCGCCCUUGGUGGUGGUUCUCGGGGAGCAAGUGCCAUUCGCGGUGUUCGGUGCGUUUGGAAUCGUUGGUGGGCUGCUUGUGUUCUGCCUCCCAGAGACUAUGAACAAGCCCUUGUAUGACACCAUGUUCGGGCUGGAGAAAGGGGAGAGGGCACCUAAAAGUGGAGAAGAAGUUAUAUCAGGGAACUUUGAAAUUUGACUAGUUUUUGUAAUUAUCUUGACUGAAAGAUGUUACCAUGGAAAUGUUGCACACAAGAGAGUGUUGUAUUCAUGGUCAUGAGAGGUCACGGAAGUUUUACUACAAA